GGGGGAAUGGAAUGAGAUAUUGAAUGGGAUUGAAUGAGAUACUUAAAAGACUGAUUGGUGGUUUGGAACAUGAAUUUUAUGAUUUUUUCCAUAUAUUGGGAAUUUCAUCAUCCCAACUGACGAACUCCAUCAUUUUUCAAAGGGGUUGAAACCACCAACCAGUGGGACGGGAUUUGUAGUUUGGGGGACCCUGAUAUCGCAGAGAUUUUUCUGGAUGAGUCUGGCUCAAGCUCAAACCCUUGCGGUGGCCAUCUGAAUGAAGCACGUUCAGAAGCAAAUCCGACGUGCAGAGCAGGAUGGACUUUUCAGGGCUACAACUGCAAAUGCUUUGUUCAAUUUCCAUUUUUUGAAUUCAAUCUCCAAAUACGUCCAAGCCAGCCCAGACCGGACAGCCAGGUAUGAUUCUCUGGAGAGGGUGUCGCAGGUGGAUUUCUUUAUCAGCCAUUCUUGGUCAUGUCCAUCUUGGAUGAAACGACUGGCUUUGUGUCAUUGCCUCAACCUGAACUUGGCCAUUGGAUCAUGCGGCAUUGCUUUUCUGCUGGCCAUUGUGAUCUUGGUACUACAUGCAGGUAGCAUCCGUGCUGUGGCACAGCAAGAUCCAGCACUGAGGUACUGUCUUUCAUUGCUGUGGCCGUUCUUUGUGUUUCUUGGCACGUAUCUCUUUGGACAUCUGCUGCAUCCUCGCAGGUUUUGGAUAGAUCAGGUCUGUGUCCAUCCAUCCGAUGCGGAGGUGAAGUCGCGGACCCUACAGGCUAUUCCUGCCUUCGUAGCUCAGUCAAAUCAGAUGCUGGUGAUUUGGGAUGACACUUAUUGGCAGAGACUCUGGUGUAGCUAUGAAGUCGCUAUCGAUGUGAAAACUUCUUCCGCCCCAGAGGCCAUAUGCUUUGUGCCAGUCUGGAUACCUUUGUGGGUCUUGUCGAGCUUCACUUUGUCGAUUUUGGUAUGCUUUUCAACUGUUGGAGAAGUCUGGUCUUACCAACUGGAUUUGGAUUCAAGGCUUUCAUGCAUAGUCUCUUACAUGAUGAAUGAAGUGCCCGCGAAUGUGGUUUACGCAGGAUGCUGUGCUUUCCCUUGUUUCUGGCUGUGCACGCAGAAACUGCAGAAACACGAGAAGAUGCUAAAUCAGAUGAAGCACUUCGAUGUUCGAAGUGCUGAGUGCACAGUGGAAAGUGACCGCAUAGUCAUCCAGGAACAGAUUGUUAACCUUUUUGAUGAAGCCUUGGAGCCUCCGGUUCAAGUCCCUUUCGGAACUGUUGCAGAUGCUCCGGAUGCUCCUUUGAUGUCCCCCGACGUGCUUCAGGACAUCCGUGACAUCACUAGCUACCCGAGCCGUGAUGAAAUCCUGGACCAGUUCAAUGCAUAUGUGAGGGGCCCAUUGCGUGGAAGCGUUGAAGCAUCCGUGGGGAAAGAGGAUUAUCUUCCUCUUAACUCUUGCGUCGCUGCUACUUUGCCAAUGAUUUUGUGUGGCUUCAUGAUUGCGCUUGGCUGUGAUGGCCAGGCGGAUUGUGGGAUGUCAGCCUCCAAUCUGGGCUUUGCUUCGGUGACGGAGUACAUGCUUGUCAAUAUGUUUGUUUGUGGAAUACAAACACCCUUGACAUGGAUCCUCACAUGUCCUCUGGUGCUGCGAACCACCCACCUAGUAACCCGAGCCAUGUCCAGUGGAAUUUGGCAGACCCUCGUGGGUGCAUCUCUCACAGGAUUGGUGCUAGCUGCCUGUUUCUGUGGCAUAAGUCUUCAAUUCGUGCUGUUAAUCGUGGUCGUCAACAAAUAUUCGACAAUAUGUUUGGGAGCUUAUGUGGCCUGCUUUGCCAUUGUGUUCUGGGCAGUUUGGUUUUGCUUCUUCAGGACCUCAGCCCGACACUCCUCACGACGUUUUGCUGUUUCUGCUUCAACACCUUGACGUCCAAGAUGCAAGGGAAAAA